GACAGGAGCUAAACAGACCGGAAGGGUAAUACAGUUAGCGAGGCGACUAGCUGCCGGAAUAUUAGCUCAGUCAUACCGUGUUAUUAUUAUUAUUAAUUCUUCACAUUUUUAAAUAGGAACGGUUUUAUUCGGAAAUUCAACGAUGACUGGCUCAAACGAGUUCAAGCUGAACCAGGGACCUGAUGACAGCAUUUCAGCAGUGAAGUUCAGCCCCAACACCUCACAGUUCCUCUUGGUCUCCUCCUGGGACUCCACUGUCCGUCUCUAUGACGUCGGUGGAAAUUCGAUGAGGAUGAAGUACCAGCACCUGGCCCCAGUGCUUGACUGCGCUUUCUACGAUCCGACUCACGCGUGGAGCGGCGGGCUCGACCAUCAGCUGAAAAUGCACGAUUUAAAUACAGAUCAAGACACGAUUGUCGGUACACACGAUGCUCCUAUUCGGUGUGUGGAGUACUGCCCAGAGGUCAACGUCAUGGUAACGGGCAGUUGGGACAUGAGCGUGAGGCUGUGGGAUCCUCGGACCCCGUGCAACGCCGGCACUUUCACCCAGCCUGAGAAGGUGUACACGCUGUCUGUGGCCGGGGAUCGUCUGAUCGUAGGUACGGCGGGACGCAGAGUGCUCGUGUGGGACCUGAGGAACAUGGGAUACGUCCAACAGAGACGGGAAUCCAGCCUGAAGUAUCAGACGCGCUGCAUACGAGCAUUUCCAAACAAACAGGGCUACGUGUUGAGCUCGAUAGAGGGCCGAGUAGCCGUGGAGUACCUGGACCCAAGUUUGGAGGUUCAGAAGAAGAAAUACGCCUUUAAAUGUCACCGUCUGAAGGAAAACGGCACCGAGCAGGUCUAUCCCGUCAACGCCAUCUCCUUCCACAGCCUCCACAACACCUUCGCCACAGGUGGCUCGGAUGGUUUCGUGAACAUCUGGGACCCGUUCAAUAAGAAGCGUUUGUGUCAGUUCCACCGUUACCCAACCAGCAUCGCCUCUCUGGCCUUCAGCAGCGACGGCUCCCUGCUGGCCAUCGCCUCCUCGUACAUGCAGGAGCAGGGCGACAUCUCGCACCCCGCCGACGCCAUCUACAUCCGACAGGUCACCGACGCAGAGACCAAACCCAAGUCAACCUGAGGCUGUGUUCCGGUGUGUGUUCAGGAUCAGUGUGUUAUCCUGAGUCCUGAUAAGGUUCUGCUGGUAUCCAGUUGUUCAUACGUUUUUGUUUGUUUGCCCCCCCCUCCCUCUUUUCUACACAUUCUCCUCUUCUCAUCUUUGUAAGUAACAAGAUAGUAAAACUGUGUGUGUGCGCUGCUUCUCACUGUAAUAUUUCCUUCCUUCCUUGCCUUUUUAGUUUAUUCAUGGAUGUUUUGCGUCACCAGAGAAAUCCAGCCCAUUAAAUAUUCCUGUUCAGCUCAAUAAAAUUUAGCUUUGAUAAGUUUUAAAAAGUUUUUUGUCUUCUAAUGAAUUUAUAAACACACAAAGCUUAAAUGUGUGCCGCCGCCCCCCGGAUGUUUGAAUUGUAGUGUUGCUGAUGUCAGUCACAGCAGACGAACUGAAAAUAACAUGAAAUGGUGAGAAAUCACAGAUCGCUGCAUACUGAUUUACUUUCAUAUGGCAUUCCACACACUGUGUUAUUCCGUACACUACACUAUUCCAUACAAUUACACAUACUUCUGUGGGCCGUACACAUUGGUAUUCCAUACACUACUGUUUCCUGGAGAGCAGGGAUUCUCAACCUUUUCUGCUUUAAUGCCCACCUAUUCAUACUUGUAAUGAGUCAGGGCCCGUAAAAAAAAAGACCCCCCCCAAAUUAUUUUGGCUCAUCUAUUCUAUUAGAAUCUAAUAAUCUACUUUGAAAGUGUAUUAAUGGGAUGCAACAUCACUCCCUGUUACAGAUGGGAGCCCAGGAAUUAAAUAAAUGCAAUAAAACAAGUUUUUAAAAUGUAGGUGUUGUAUUUAAGACUGUAUGGAUGUGCCAGAAGCCAGACCAUGCAUGCAGGGCUUAUUAUAUUUUCUUCUUUUUUUUUUUUUUUUGUAUGUGUAAUUCUUUGUAUCUGUACAUGCACGACCCCACCAGCUCUGCUGAUCAACUUAUCAUGUUUUAAUAAAGUCAUUCCUUUAUUAUGA